AGGAGCCAGUGGGCUGCAGGCGCAGGCGCAGGCACAGGCGAGGGGUUGGGUGGCGGUUGAGACAGCGGCGGUACUGGGAUGGGUAGGUGAGGAUCCCGAGACUGAGUGAGCUUCUGCGCGCGGUGCUUUUGGGAACGCGGGACUGGCAACCUGCGGCGCCAGGAGCUGGGCCGAGGCGCGGCGGCGCGGCUGCCGGCCGCCGUCUGGAUGGGAAGUUACGGCGAAGUCCACCCAGCGUUUUUCAGGAAGAUGGCCAAUCUUUCCUAAGCUGCUGACCUUACAAGAAAAAGAAUCGUACUGCUAAGAAUUCAAACUUCAGCAGUCAUGGGGAGCCUUGGGAGGAGCCCGAAUCACGGAUGGAAUCGGACAGUGCAUGGAGAUGGUUCAGCAGGACAAGGUCCCUGGCCCCACCUCUUCUGCCACAAACGUCAGCAUGGUGGUAUCUGCCGGCCCUUGGUCCAGUAAGAAGUCAGAGAUGAACAUUCUAGAAAUCAACAAGAAAUCGCGCCCCCAGCUGGCAGAGAACAAACAGCAGUUCAGAAACCUCAAACAGAAAUGUCUUGUAACUCAACUGGCCUACUUCCUGGCCAAGGGGCAGAAUAAUUACGACUAUGAAGACUGCAAAGACCUCAUAAAAUCUAUGCUGAGGGAUGAGCGGCUGUUCACAGAAGAGAAGCUUGCAGAGGAGCUCGGGCAGGCUGAGGAGCUCAGGCAAUAUAAAGUCCUGGUUCACUCUCAGGAACGAGAGCUGACCCAGUUAAGGGAGAAGUUACGGGAAGGGAGAGAUGCCUCCCGCUCGUUGAAUCAGCAUCUCCAGGCCCUCCUCACUCCGGAUGAGCCGGACAACUCCCAUGGGCGGGACCUCCGAGAACAGCUGGCUGAGGGAUGUAGGCUGGCACAGCACCUCGUCCAAAAGCUCAGCCCAGAAAAUGACGAAGAUGAGGAUGAAGAUGUUAAAGUUGAGGAGGCUGAGAAAGUACAGGAAUUAUGUGCCCCCAGGGAGGUGCAGAAGGCUGAAGAAAAAUCAGUCCCUGAGGACUCACUGGAGGAAUGUGUCGUCACUUGUUCAAAUAGCCACGGCCCUUGGGAGUCCAACCAGCCUCACGGGAACAGCAAAAUCACAUUUGAGGAAGACCAAGUCGACUCAACUCUAGUUGUAGACAGUGAAUCCUCUGAUGAUGAAUGGCAGGAUGCUCGAAACCUUCUCCCAGUCCCUGGCCCCACCUCUUCUGCCACAAACGUCAGCAUGGUGGUAUCUGCCGGCCCUUGGUCCAGUCAGAAGUCAGAGAUGAACAUUCUAGAAAUCAACAAGAAAUCGCGCCCCCAGCUGGCAGAGAACAAACAGCAGUUCAGAAACCUCAAACAGAAAUGUCUUGUAACUCAACUGGCCUACUUCCUGGCCAAGGGGCAGAAUAAUUACGACUAUGAAGACUGCAAAGACCUCAUAAAAUCUAUGCUGAGGGAUGAGCGGCUGUUCACAGAAGAGAAGCUUGCAGAGGAGCUCGGGCAGGCUGAGGAGCUCAGGCAAUACAAAGUCCUGGUUCACUCUCAGGAACGAGAGCUGACCCAGUUAAGGGAGAAGUUACGGGAAGGGAGAGAUGCCUCCCGCUCAUUGAAUCAGCAUCUCCAGGCCCUCCUCACUCCGGAUGAGCCGGACAACUCCCAUGGGCGGGACCUCCGAGAACAGCUGGCUGAGGGAUGUAGGCUGGCACAGCACCUCGUCCAAAAGCUCAGCCCAGAAAAUGACGAAGAUGAGGAUGAAGAUGUUAAAGUUGAGGAGGCUGAGAAAGUACAGGAAUUAUGUGCCCCCAGGGAGGUGCAGAAGGCUGAAGAAAAGGAAGUCCCUGAGGACUCACUGGAGGAGUGUGCCAUCACUUGUUCAAAUAGCCACCACCCUUGUGAGUCCAACCAGCCUUACGGGAACACCAGAAUCACAUUUGAGGAAGACCAAGUCGACUCAACUCUCAUUGACUCAUCCUCUCAUGAUGAAUGGUUGGAUGUUGUAUGCAUUAUCCCAGAAAAUGAAAGUGAUCAUGAGCAAGAGGAAGAAAAAGGGCCAGUGUCUCCCAGUUUUCCUUUUAACAGUGAGGUCCCUCAGCUGCAGGUCUGGUGGAGUUUGCUGGAGGUCCACUCCAGACCUUCAAACAGUCCUGCCUGGCUCAUCAGGAAUCUGCAGGAGUCUGAAGAGGAGGAAGCCCCCCAGGAGUCCUGGGAUGAAGGUGAUUGGACUCUCUCAAUUCCUCCUGACAUGUCUGCCUCAUACCAGUCUGACAGGAGCACCUUUCACUCCGUAGAGGAACAGCAAGUCGGCUUGGCUCUUGACAUAGGCAGACAUUGGUAUGAUCAAGUGAAAAAGGAGGACCAAGAGGCCACAAGUCCCAGGCUCAGCAGGGAGCUGCUGGAUGAGAAAGAGCCUGAAGUCUUGCAGGACUCACUGGAUAGAUUUUAUUCAACUCCCUUUGGGUACCUGGAACUGCCUGACUUAUGCCAGCCCUACAGAAGUGACUUUUACUCAUUGCAGGAACAACACCUUGGCUUGGCUUUUGACGUGGACAGAAUUAAAAAGGACCAAGAAGAGGAAGAAGACCAAGGCCCACCAUGCCCCAGGCUCAGCAGAGAGCUGCCAGAGGUAGUAGAGCCUGAGGACUUGCAGGACUCACUGGAUAGAGGUUAUUCGACUCCUUUCAGUUAUGUAGAACUGCCUGAUUCAUGCCAGCCCUACGGAAGUUGCUUUUACUCAUUGGAGGAAGAACACGUUGUCUUUUCUCUUGACGUGGAUGAAAUUGAAAAGUACCAAGAAGGGGAAGAAGAUCAAAACCCACCAUGCCCCAGGCUCAACGAGGUGCUGAUGGAAGCAGAAGAGCCUGAAGUCUUGCAGGACUCUCUGGAUAGAUGUUAUUCCACUACUUCAACUUACUUUCAACUACAUGCCUCAUUCCAGCAGUACAGAAGUGCCUUUUACUCAUUUGAGGAACAGGACGUCAGCUUGGCCCUUGACGUGGAGAAUAGGUUUUUUACUUUGACAGUGAUAAGGCACCACCUGGCCUUCCAGAUGGGAGUCAUAUUCCCACACUAAGCAGCCCUUACUAAGCUGAGAGAUGUCAUUGCUGCAGGCAGGACCUAUAGGCACAUGUAAUUUUGAAUGAAACUGUAGUUCCCUUUGGAAGCCCAGUGAUAGGAUGGGAAAGUGGGCAUGGCUCUAUUCCUAUUCUCAGACCAUGCCAGUGGCCACCUGUGCUCAGUCUGGAGACAUUGGACCCAAGUUAGGUGUGACGCGUUCACACGACUAUGUAGCACAUGCCGGGAGUGAUCUGCCAGACAUUCUAAUUUGAACCAGAUGUCUCUGGGUAGCUACAAAGUUCCUCAGGGGUUUCAUUUUGCAGGCAUGUCUCUGAGCUUCUAUACCUGCUCAAGGUCAGUGUCAUCUUUGUGUUUAGCUCAUCCAAAGGUGUUACCCUGGUUUCAUUGAACCUAACCCCAUUCUUUGUAUCUUCAGUGUUGGUUUGUUUUAGCUGAUCCAUCUGUAACACAGGAGGGAUCGUUGGCUGAGGAUUGUAUUUCAGAACCACUGACUGCUCUUGACAGUUGUUAACCCACUAGGCUCCUUUGAGUAGAGAAGCCACAGUCCUUCAGCCUCCAAUUGAUAUCAAUACUUAGGAAGACCACAGCUAGAUGGACAAACAGCAUUGAGAGGCCUUAGCCCUGCUCCUUUCAAUUCCAUCCUGUAAAGAACAGGAGUCAGGAGCCGCUGGCAAGAGACAGCAUGUCACCUGGGACUCUGCCGGUGCAGAAUAUGAACAAUGCCAUGUUCUUGCAGAAAACGCUUAGCCUGAGUUUCAUAGGAGGUAAUCACCAGACAACUGCAGAAUGUAGAACACUGAGCAGGACAACUGACCUGUCUCCUUCACACAGUCCACGUCACCACGAAUCACACAACAAAAAGGAGGAGAGAUAUUUUGGGUUCAGAAGAAGUAAAUGAUAAUGUAGCUACAUUUCUUUAGUUAUUUUGAACCCCAAAUAUUUCCUCAUCUUUUUGUUGUUGUCAUUGAUUGUGGUGACAUGGACUUAUUUGUAGAAGACAGGUCAGCUGUCUGGCUCAAUGGUCUACAUUCUGAAGUUGUCUGAAAAUGUCUUCAUGAUUAAAUUCAGCCUAAACAUUUUGUCAAGAACACUACAGAGUCGAUACUGUGAGUUUCCAACCUCAGCCCAUCCGUGGGCAGAGAAGGUCUAGUUUGUCCAUCAGCAUUAUCAUGAUAUCAGGACUGGUUACUUGGUUAAGGAGGGGUCUAGGAGAUCUGUCCCUUUUAGAGACACCUUACUUAUGAUGAAGUAUUUGGGAGAGUGGUUUUUAAAAGUAGAAAUGUCCUGUAUUCCAAUGAUCAUCCUCUAAACAUUUUAUCAUUUAUUAAUCAUCCCUGCCUGUGUCUAUUAUUAUAUUCAUAUCUCUACACUGGAAAUUUUCUGCCUCAGUGUUUACUGUGCCUUUGUUUUUGCUAGUGUGUGUUGUUGAAAAAAAAACAUUCUCUGCCUGAGUUUUAAUUUUUGUCCAAAGUUAUUUUAAUCUAUACAAUUAAAAACUUUUGCCUAUCA